GGGCGUCGCAGGCUGCGCGGCUCGCGGCCCCGGAACCGGCGCGGGCAAGCGGCGGAGGCCGGCGCGGCGGCAGCCAUGGACCGCUUCGUGUGGACCAGCGGCCUCCUGGAGAUCAACGAAACCCUGGUGAUCCAGCAGCGCGGGGUGCGCAUCUACGACGGCGAAGAGAAGAUAAAAUUUGAUGCUGGGACCCUCCUCCUUAGUACACACCGACUGAUUUGGAGAGAUCAGAAAAAUCAUGAGUGCUGCAUGGCCAUUCCUUUGUCCCAAAUUGUGUUCAUUGAGGAGCAGGCAGCUGGAAUUGGGAAGAGUGCCAAAAUAGUGGUUCAUCUGCACCCGGCUCCUCCUAACAAAGAACCUGGCCCAUUCCAGAGUAGUAAGAACUCUUACAUCAAACUCUCCUUCAAAGAACAUGGCCAGAUUGAGUUUUAUAGGCGUUUGUCAGAGGAAAUGACACAGAGAAGAUGGGAGAAUAUGCCAGUUUCCCAGUCAUUACAAACAAAUAGAGGACCUCAGCCAGGAAGAGUAAGAGCUGUUGGAAUUGUAGGUAUUGAAAGGAAACUGGAAGAAAAAAGAAAAGAAACUGACAAAAACAUUUCUGAGGCCUUUGAAGACCUCAGCAAGUUAAUGAUCAAGGCUAAAGAAAUGGUGGAAUUAUCAAAAUCAAUUGCUAAUAAAAUUAAAGAAAAGCAAGGUGACAUUACAGAAGAUGAGACGAUCAGAUUUAAGUCCUACUUGCUGAGCAUGGGAAUAGCUAACCCAGUUACCAGGGAAACCUACGGCUCAGGCACACAGUACCACAUGCAGCUGGCCAAACAGCUGGCUGGAAUAUUGCAGGCACCUUUAGAGGAGCGAGGGGGAAUAAUGUCACUCACAGAAGUGUACUGUUUAGUAAACCGAGCUCGAGGAAUGGAAUUGCUCUCACCAGAAGAUUUAGUAAAUGCGUGCAAGAUGCUGGAAGUACUGAAAUUACCUCUCAGGCUCCGGGUGUUUGACAGUGGAGUCAUGGUAAUUGAGCUUCAGUCCCACAAGGAAGAGGAAAUGGUGGCCUCAGCCCUGGAGACAGUUUCAGAAAAGGGAUCCCUAACAUCAGAAGAGUUUGCUAAGCUUGUGGGAAUGUCUGUUCUCCUGGCCAAAGAAAGGUUGCUGCUUGCAGAAAAGAUGGGCCAUCUUUGCCGAGAUGACUCAGUGGAAGGCUUACGGUUUUACCCAAAUUUAUUUAUGACACAGAGCUAAGGGUUUUGCAUUUGAAAUACUUUGUGUCCAUACACUUGCACUGUGUAGCAAUUGUAUGGCAUUGAGCUAAUAGGUAAAUCCUGAUAAACUGGGAAUUCAAUAGAACUUCACAGUAUAAUAUAAAACUUUUAAAGUCACUCCUUACAUAUUAUGGUCCUGGAAGCUUAUUUAGGAUGUGUAAAGAAAAUAUAGAAAAAUGAAUACUAGUAUGAAUUUAAAGUCAUGCUAUAUCUGUGCAGAACCUUCAGAAUUUAACUUGAAACGUGGAUUUUAACUUGAUCCCCAUAUCUAACCAUUUUGUAGAGAAUUUAAAUUCUUGGGGGAAAGAAAAAGAAAAGCAGCUGCAUGUUUAGGUUAGAUUAUUGUUUUGGUGUUCACUGAAUUGAAAAUGUUUUACUCUAUGUCUGAUAUGCCCACUUGGGGCAGGGGGUGCAUAAGGAAGUGGUUGCUACAGGGUAGUUUAAGAACCCAACAACACUGGAACAAAAUAUCAAACUACAGAAUGCUGUUCAAGGCUCAACUAAGGGCUUUUCAAGGCAGUCCUAAGCAUGUCUUCAACAGAGUAAAUAACACACCUUUAGAAAAGGAUUGGUGGGGUGUGGCCCAGUGGGAGUGCGCCAUGCACAAGGCCCUGGGCUCCAUCCUCAGCAUAGGAAAAAAAAAAAAAAAAGGAUGUAAAUAAACUCCAACUAGUUUCUUUUUAUUUAUUUUUUUUAGUGAUGAUUUCAUGGCUGGCAUUUAAAGAAUGCAGCUAUAUAAUUUUGUUUAAAAAAUGCUGUGGAUUUUGAAGGUGAAUUAAAGAGCUGUAUAGACAUGCCCAGAGUUGUGAUUACAGAUUUGGGAGGCAGACAGCUAGGAAUUCCCUAGGAUUGUUGUGCAAGUUGAAGAGUAGAAGAAACCAACUUCACAGGAACCAUAGUGCUCUUUUACCUGGAAGUCAAGGGUGAGAAAUAGAAAAGUAAUAUAGCUCCUUUACUGUCUCUCAGAAGAGUCUUAACACUGAACUUUAAAAAUCUUUGUCAUAUUCCAGCAAUAUUAUUUUCUUUGCCCUAUACAUUGUACGUUGUGUAGAGAAAACUAUCUUGGUAAAACAUGUUACUGAGAAAAUAUAAACUGACUAAUAUCACCUGCAGAUUGCUUGAAUUUUAAAGUAGACUGCCUGACUUUGUAUGUUACUACUCUCCAGUGUACAGCGUGUUGACAUUACUCAUACUCAGGGACCCAUGGGACAGACGGGAGCUCCCUUUCUGAGACUGAUUUGGGAGUAGGAAGGAAGCGGUGGUUUUUGCCAAGCCUCUGGAAGGGAUAGUAUCUGCACUGAGGGAGCCAUGAGACCAGGGGAGGGAUGCCCAGGUGCACACUUUGGGACCUCUAAGACAGGUUUUUACUCGGUAAGGUGAAGCCAUGGCUAGAGGUCGCUGAUAAUGCCCUCUGGGGAAGUGCUGAGGUCCUCAGCCACAGAGCCAGGGAAUCCCAACCUUGGUUCCUUUCUGAACGGUGGCUGUUUGUGCUUUGUGCUCUCCAUUGUCAUGGGAAUGCUGGGGCCAAGGCAUUCUGCUUUAGUCUUCAUUUUCCAAACCUGUCACUGACUGUUCAUUGUGGUGACAAAUCCCCUAAUUACCUCAUUGCUCAGCCUCAGGUUUAUUUGGGGGGUUAAUUCAGUGAGUGUCUGGCUGCCCAAGUUUUUUAGGGGUUAGUUGGACCAUUGUGUAAGUUUGUUUUUAUGUCUUGCCUCUCUCUGGGUUGCACACACUGUCACAUGGCUCUGGCAGACUUGUACACACACAUACACACGUGUGCACACACAGACACACCAGGACAUCUGGCUAAGCUUCUUGAAAUUAACAGAAAAAGGAGCUUGCUUUAGCAGUUGAAAUCAUUGCAAAUAAGGUCAUUGGAGCUGUUGGAUCUAGCUCUAAUGGUUUGGAUUCAUUAUGGUAAACCUAUAUAAAUCAGUAUAUUUAUUUACUUUAGUGUAGCAACAGAUUAACAAACAAAAAUGGGGCAAUCUUGAGUUAUAUAAAGUGAACUAAACAGGAAGAAAAAUGACAUAUGAAUAUACUUUGCAAAUGUCACAUAAUUUAAAAACAAGUAUGAUUGAUUUGUGUUAUUGUAUUUUUAAAAUGGGCAUCCUUCACUGUUUCCAGACCUCUGUAUUUUUAUUUUUUGCCAAAUGAGGUGUUAUUUUGGCCCCUUAUUGAUAGAGGUCAACCAGUCAGGCCCUAUAAGUGCAAAAAAAGUUCUCCCUUGGUGCUUCUCACUGGCGUAAUUAUUUUUGUUUUCCUAACUUUGCUCUUAAGAGCAUAAAUCUCUUUGUAGCUUUAUGAUAAUAGAAUAUUUCUAGUCAUUUACUAUCAAGGAUAAUUUUUUUACAUUGUAUAAGUAAAGGUUGUUUUCAGGGUUAACUGAUUGGUAUUAAUGUAUAUAAAGUAAAAUUAUUGCAAAAUUUUAAGAUGAUUUUCUUAACUUGGUAUUUUUUAAAAUACUCUGAAAAAUAUAUGAAAAUGAUAGACAUUUAGUCAUACUAAGCCAGAAUGUUAAGAAUUUUUCUUUUGAAUUUUAUAAUUAAGCAUUGCUUAUAAAUAUUUAUGACUUUGAGGUCUUACUGUUUUAGUUACCUUUUAAAAAUGGGAAAUGAGGCAUGGACUGUUUCUUUCCUUUUUUUUCUUAAAAUUCUUGUUGUGAAUUCCACUGUGGACUGAUUGUGGAUGUGCUGUGUCUUGUUCUUUGUUACCAGACCAGGUGGACCAGAUGUGAAUUCAUCAUGUUAUUGUUCUCAUACUCAUAUCCUUAAAAUGGUUCUCUUUUGCCCAGCAGUCGCAGAGACUUCAUUUUGGUACAGUGGAAUUACAACUUGUAAGGUGGUUAGGUUUUAAAGACUGCUGAAGGACAACAUAAAGCAUGCUCAAAACGAUCCUUUAAAUCUCUUAAAUUGCCAAUAAAGUUUCCUCUGAUGGUAUGAAUCCCUGUGGAGUGAUAUGUAGAUCUGAAUAUAUCAUGCACAUAGUAAGUACAAUGUAUAAUAAAACUGCACAUCACCAGUAGACUUUUCUAGUAUUAAUAAUUACAGUUUAAAUGUGUGUGUUUUUUUGCCAAUAGGUAUGGUUGUAUUUAUGUAAAUGUAUUGCCAAUGCCAUCCCAAUCUACAGUGUAAGCUCCACAGUGCAGAGUUCUUUUCUUCUGUGUUCAUGAAUAUAUCCCCAGGCCUAGAACAGGGCCUGGCACACAAUAAGCAUUCAAUAAAGAUUUAUUCAAUGAAUGAA